AUGCCUCCGAAGAAGGAUCAGAAGGGCGGCGGGAAGAAGGUGGACGCCAAGAAGAUUGUCGAGGACAAGACCUUUGGCAUGAAGAACAAGAAGGGUUCUGCCGCUCAGAAGACGAUUGCCCAUCUCCAGUCGUCCAUGAGAUCAGCUGGUAGUGCUGAGCAGAAGAAGAAGGAGGCCGAGAAGGCUGCCCGUGAGCGUGAGAAGAAGGCCGCCGAGGACGCGAAGAGGGAGGCCGAGCUGCUCCUCAAUAAGCCAGCCCAGAUUCAAAAGGUUCCUUUUGGUGUCGAUCCCAAGACGGUGCUGUGCAUUUUCUUCAAGAAGGGCAACUGUGAAAAGGGCAAGAAGUGCAAGUUCUCGCACGACCUAGAGGUGGAACGAAAGGUGGAAAAGAAGAAUCUAUACACCGAUACUAGAGAAGAUGAGGACAAGAAGAAGCAGGAAACAUCGGCCGACUGGGACGAAGAGAAGCUUCGUUCCGUCGUUUUGUCAAAGAAGGGCAACCAGCGCACCACCACCGACAAGGUGUGCAAGUUCUUCAUUUCAGCCAUCGAGGACGGCAAGUACGGUUGGUUCUGGGUCUGCCCGAACGGCGGUGACAAGUGCAUGUACAAGCAUGCCCUUCCACCUGGAUUCGUCCUUAAGACCAAGGAGCAGCGUGCGGCGGAAAAGGCUUUGCUCGACAAGUCGCCACUCAAGACGCUCACCAUCGAAGAGUUCCUCGAGUCCGAAAGACACAAGCUCACCGGCACCCUCACACCUGUCACCCCCGAGACGUUCGCCAAAUGGAAGAAGGAGCGCUUGGACAAGAAGGCGGCCGAGGAGGCUCUCAGGAAGGCCAAGGAAGCCACUGGUCGUGCGCUGUUCGAAAGUGGCAACUGGCGGACAAUGGACGACGACGACGAGCCAGAAGAAGACGAUGCUGCAUGGAACUUGGAGAAGCUCCGCCAGGAGACGGAGGCGCUCAGGAUCAAGAAGGAAGAGGAACGGUUGGCUCAACUCCACGGCAUCCCCUUGCCGGCAACAGAGGCGACUGCGGAGGCUGGGCCAUCAGAGCCUGGCACUUGA